AUGUCAUUUUUGCGGGAGAGCAGUAUGGAAGUUGACCCCCCAGCUGCUGGUCAAUCGGGAGGACCGGGGACAUUGAAACGUUCUAACAGUGCUCCGAUGAUCAACGUACUGGUAUCGUCAAUGGAACCCCAUGUUCAACAGGAGUUUAGUCCACCCUCGUUUAGGUCUGAAGAUGUAACGAGGAUAAGGAGAUUCAGCUACAGCUCCAUGUGCCUUAACAGCCCAAGUGCUGUCUCGGCUCCAGUGAAGAUCCCUGAUCGUGUGAAUCGUCUCAAACUGGAGGAGAGCCACAUUGGGGAAAAAGAGAGGCAACAUGAAAAGGAAGUCAGCUCUGCCAUCAAAUUAUCAACAUCUUGGGAUGAACUCACUUUGGAUGAUCAGGAGCCGAUGGAGCAGUUAAAACGACCUCGGUCCUUCAGCGAGUCCCUUCACAUCUUCACCUCUCCCAGUGUACUGAUGCCUGGCGCUCCUUCACCUACACGUGUGGGAAAGCAAUGCUUCUCCCCAUCAAUGCAGAUUCCUGUGAAGAAUAUAUCUUUUACACCAAGCCCUAGUCCUAGUCCGACUCGUAAGACUUUUAUGAGGAGCAUGAGUCCAAUUGUUGUAAAUCGCCCGAGUCCUGUUGGCAAGAGGAAAUUGGAUACAGACCCGGAAAACUACCUUAGUCCACCAAAGAGAUUUCACUCUGGACCUAGUACACCAGAUAGAAUUCUCCACCACCCUCUGGCUCACAGCAGUGUUUCAUCAAGCAGCUUAGAGGAAGGUAGUCCUGACCAGACUGUGCCACGUUGUGAGGGCAUGGGUGAAGUACCUACACAGAACAGACUACCACCACACAUGUAUGGGUUCAUGCCACUCCAUGACUCUCAUGAAAUGCAGACAACGGAUUCUGAAACAUCUGAUGUUGCAGAAACCGCAGAUCUAUCAGAUCAUAACUUGUCGUUGUCAGGAAGUCCUGGCAGUAGUCGAGGUUUUCAACCAAUUAGACAGCAGCAUACAACCUUAUGACCCCUGUGCAAUUGAAAAACUUUUAAAAACUACUACUGGACCUCUUGCAUAAUCAUGCGGGCGU